AUGCGGGGAUUCUGGCAACAUCGGCUCGACCCACUGCUGAAGGCUAUGAUCAUGAAUGUGACAUCAUUUACUCAUCGAGCAGUCUUUGGUGCACAGAUUAUUGAAGACAUUGUUACCGGGAAAUGCUUCUUCAGAUCAAAAGAAUACCCAUGUGCUCGUAUAUAUCAGUACUCAAAAUUGUGCCUCCUUCUGUUCACCUAUGAGCUUCACCGGCAGCUUAAUUUGGACAACAAGCCUGGUCACGUCUCUUUCCUUGUUGCCCAUCCAGGAAUGGUCAAAACCAACAUCAUGCAGGAAGUUCCUUUUUCCCUUUCGAGCAUUGUGUAUCUGGUGUUCAGAGUACUGGGACUUCUACAGUCACCGGAGAAUGGGAUUAACUCCAUCCUCGAUGCCGCUUUGGCCCCAUCACACGUGUCUGGAGCUUACUUCUUUGGUGGAGAUGGCAGUACUUUGAUGUCUUCCAUGCUUUCUUACGACACCAGACUCGCAGAGAAGCUCUGGAACAUCUCGUGCAAUCUGCUCUUGGACAUAAAACUUGCUUCCCAAGCCACCUCUUCUUCAAGUUAUUGUUGUACAUCACCGGCAGAGGGACAUGCAUAG